AUGACCGGAUUCUUCAACAAAGGACAUCAUGGAGAACCCAUCAAGCGCUCGCACAUUUGGUUUGACGAUGGAAGCAUCAUCAUCCAAGCUGAAGAUACCCAGUUCUGCGUACACAAAUCAGUGGUCUUGAAACACUUUCCCACCUUGAAUGAUUUCGUUCCUUCUCCAGGCCCACCAUCCGCCAACGGAUGUUCUGUCAUCUGGCAUCUCUCUGACUCUGCCGAGGACUGGGAGAACCUGCUCACCGUGUUCUACGACACCCUGCCGACAUGCACGACGAAAGAUCUCAUUUCUUUUCGUCUCCUCGCAGCGAUGCUUCGUCUAGGGGACAAGUACAACGGUCACAAUGUUCGAGAGGAAGCGUUAAAGUUCCUCCGGUACGAGUUUCCUCAAAACCUCGAAGAUUGGAUGGGCGUCUGGGGAACGAAAGUAUUCCCGUAUCCUGAAUCCGAAUUUGACUUUAUCAACCUUGCUCAAGAGGUCGACUUGCACUCUGUGCUUCCUGCGAUGUAUUAUACUUGCGUCAAAUACGAAAAGCUGAAUGACGUCUUCCACGGUUAUACAAACACAGACGGGAGCAUAACGCAACUUUCACCAAAAGUACAAGCGUGCCUAGCAAUCGGACGAGAACAACUCGCAUAUGCACUCAAAAGGCACACCUUCAGCUGGCUAUACAACAAAAGAAUCAUCCCCUGCCCACGAUGCUCUUCCCAAAAGGAGUGCGCCGCAGCUCGAAACCACCUGAUCCGCAAAGUGUGGAUGCCCGUCCCUAAUAUCGGGUUGGCCCUCAAUGUGUGGGAUCGAGGAGAGUUUGCGUCGGGGCUUUGUAGCGUGUGCGCGUAUACGGCUGAGAAGCUUUUCCGUUCUGGUCAAGACAAGCUGUGGGAUGAGCUUCCAUCGUAUUUUGGGUUGCCUAGCUGGGAUGAUCUGCAGGAUUUCGAUGAUUCUGGUUCCUCCCUCUUGCCGUCGUCGUAA